UAUGCGCCACAUGGCCAAGCACCCCUGUAUUAUUUAUGGAGGUUUCCCAUAACUGCAGCCUCAUCUGCUUUCUGCCCUGUCCCAAACUUCGACAGAGAAUAUACUAUCUUGUGCUUUUGGGUGGCUUUUCGCGUCUAAUCUCGUCACUAAUAUGAUUUCGACUUCCCGCCGCCAAAGUAUGUGAGAUGCCACACGGGACCUAGGUCACACAUCUCAAAAGCUUCUUUGCCGCCAUGCCUGCCCCAGAGGGCAUGUCCUUGUCGUACUUUCAUUUUGCUCUUGAAACAUUUUAUCUAUUGUGGGAGCCAUCCAAGCUUUAUGAUACUACCAAAUCUUGGAAACCAGUUCUCGGCAGGGGACAAUACUUCCUUGAGAUUUUUGACAUCCCAUUUUCCCCCAAAGAGCCUACGAGGCUCGUUCUAAAAGCCACUGGUAUCGAUAAAGAUCAUGUCCAAAGAACUUUACCGACACAAGCAGUGCAUGCUGUUCUUGUAUAUUUUGGAGAAAAUAUCGAUUAUGAUAGGGAAUAAUCACUUUCUAAAAGGACUUCUUUCGCUGGCUCCCCUGCGAUGAUAUCUCAGUGGGGCAUGCCGUCAAAACAAAUCCACUGGGAAACGCACUCUUAUCAACUUUCACUUGAGUUGACCUUGAAAGGAGGAAAUGCAGUUUGGCAUGGAGGAGGUGCGGAAAAAGUUGUUAAGCCUCCUUAUAUUGAUUCCAUUUCGAUUGCCGCAGGAAUCAUUCAACGAAGACUAAGAUGUAUGAUUGUUUCAACAGAAGAUGGUCGGACAAUUUUCUAUAUUGACGCCGAGUCGAUGAUACAAGACUUAGACUUGCUAUUCGACCAAGGACAGCUUAAAAGACAUGAAUCUGAAAGGCCUUCCCCUCAAGGUGUCUAUGCUUACCACAGUGACUUCUGUGAACGCCUGCGAAACUCAAUUCAAGCAUACUUGAUUCUAGGCACGCAAGUCACUUCUGCGUCAGUCCGAAUGCAGUUACUCCUCCUUGGUUAUAGUCAUGCUCUAGUCGAAGAGUAUACCAACUUGGUUUACAGUCUCCAAGCCAAGUAUGCAAGGAACAAGGAGGGUCUUUCAGACCCACGCAGAUCGACGCUGACAGCUCCCAUGUUGGCUGAGAUCACAAGAGAUAUAUGCCUUUACGAGGGGGUAAAGGAGCGAAUCAAUGAAUUGUCCGGAGCGGUUGAUACAUUGAUCGAAUUGCUGAAAAUACUCCUGGUGGAUGCUGCCAACUAUCGUGAUUUCCGGUGCCUCGCCGUCGAGCUACAAUCGACCUGCACAGACUUAAUAAGAACUAUAACCACGCUAUCGACAACUCUAGAAGGUCACCUGAGACUAUUCGAAGUCUCUCGAGGCAUGCACGAAGCCCAGAAUGUCCGCUUGCUAAGCAUUCUAGCAAGCAUAUUUUUACCUCUAUCUCUCGCUUUUGGGGUGCUCAGCAUGCAAACAAGAUUCUCGGAUCUCCAUUAUCUGCUUUAUGACUUUUUCGGUGUUCUUGUAUUGCUUGGGACAAUUGUUGGAGUAAUUCUCAUUGCACUAAGAUCCUACCUAUGGUGGAAUAGGCUGGUAGCACAACUGGAUCGAAACCCGAUGUUUAGAAGAAACAUCAGGCCGAAGGCGCAUAUUAUGGUUCUCGUCUUUCUCGUUCUUGGAUGGGGACUCUUGCUUUCCUCAUUUCUCAUCGGCAUGAUUAAGGAUGUCGGGCUAGGACUAAAGAUCCUUGGCUAUGGAGCCAUUGCGUUCGGGGAACUGGUCUGGUUGCUCUGCUUGUUCCGGCAGGCUUUGCCUCCCUAGCUUGGUUAAUUUUUAAAGAUUAGGAAUAAUGAAUCCAGAUAAUACAGGAAGAGUAAAUAUACAAAUGCUACACUAGCCGAAGCCUCAAAGCCUCAAAGCUAUAAAAUACAAAAG